AUGCUCCAUACUCUUCCGGAAGAGACUGUCGAGCACAUCCUUCGCUUCACGAGCAUUGGCCAGCGGGCUUCACCCGACAAGGACACUCUGCACAAAUGUAGCCUGGUUUCCCGACGUAUAACUCUGGCUUCCCAGAGGGUUCUGUUCGAGCACAUUUGCGUCAAUGAUCUGACUUGGCCGUGGCUACAAGGCUUCAUAGACCAUUUGAAAGCACGCCCGCGGUUUGCGACCUAUAUCAAGAAGAUGAGGAUCUCUCGGCAUCCUUACCGUGGUGCUCCGCCCUCAAUGCGAGCGCGCUUAGCUAUGUCGAGCGAUUAUGGCCCCCCAGAACCCGUCGACGAAUCAGAUUACGACCAGGGUCGUUGCGGCGAUCUGCUGGCAGAACUCCUUGACCUUCUCCCUGCCCUGCAGGGCCUCUCCCUUGCAAAUCUCUCCUUCUUCCACCUAUCCACUACAAGCAAGGACGCCUUUCGACGACUUUUUGACCCGCAAUCAAACCGGGGUUUGCAGGAACUGUACGUGGGAUGGAUUGGAAGGAAUGACAGCGAUAUCCAGAUCAUCUCAAGUUCGACAACCCUGAAAACCCUGGAAGUUGGUACCCUUUGGAGGAUGGAAAACCAGCCUCUUUUCAACCCGUCCACAAAAUUAAUACGCGCAUCGUUGAAGAAGUACCGCUACACUCAGGACCUCUGCGACCCGUUCGGACACCCGCUUCUGUCCUCCUUUCCCACUAUCUUCUCAGAACUCGAGUCAUUGGACUUUCCUCUUCCGUGUGGCACUCCCAGGGAUCACCAUCACCUUCUCAUUGCGACCAAGCUUUUGUCAAUUUCGUCGAGCACGCUUCGGGUUCUGACUAUCCAAGUGGAAGGAUUCCGAGAGGACCUCCCUGAUUUAAGCCACCUGGGCGCUUUGAGAGAAAUCAAACUACAUGCUCGCAAUGGGUGCAUGAAGGGCAAGGUCCACUCUUUCAAAUUUCCCUCCGGACCCACGACCUCCUUCGCGUGUAGGCGGAUUCUAUCGCGAAUAAGUCCCGCCUCCCCCGUCUCCUGUAUCGAACUCAAUCUUCGCACUACGUUUGAAGACAACCUUCCCGGGAAUUGGCUCGACACACAGUUUCUCCAUACCGACUCGUUGUCGCAGCUUCGUCGCGUCUGGAACAAGUUGGAUUUGCUGUUGUCGGAUAGGGAACGUUUCCCUCAUCUGAUGCGGGUGGCGUUGAAUUUUCGGUUGGACUUAUGGGGAGUGAACAGGUUCCCUGAUUCCAAGGAUUACAGUGGAGAGGCGGAGAUGGAGGAUGGACUGUGGAUGGAUAAGGAUCUCGCGGCGAGGGCCGAAGCAUUGGGACGGCGGAAAGCGAAGCUGGAAGAGGAACACUUGUCGAUCGAAAAGUUACUCCCGCGCACUGCGAUUCGACUCACCGUGAUCCGAAACUUCGAACUAUCUCAGAAGGACUGGAGCUACCCGGGAAACGAGGGACUUUUGAUUUGCUGA